AUGAGUUCAAGAUUUCUCUUACAACAUGAAAAGAUAAAUGAAUAUGAAGAGGGCUUGCAAUUGGUUGUAGAAGUUGAUGAAUCAAUUCUUGGAAACACGAGAAAAGAAGAAGAGAAUUUGCAAUUGGUUGUUGAAGUUGAUGAAUCGAAUCUUGAAAACACGAGAGAAGAAUACAAAGAGAAAUUGCGAUUCAUUGAAGAUGCUGAUGAAGAGUCGAGUAUGACGAAGAAGGAAUUUGUAUUACCACGUGGCUACCGGUUUCAUCCGACAGCAGUUGAAUUAUUGGAAGGGUAUUUGAUGAAGAAGAUCUUAAGACAGCUUGUUUGGGACAUUAUUAAAGAUAUUGACUUCUUUCAAUAUGAUCCUCAACAGAUACCAAUAAGAGAAUUCGAGACUCUCAAUUAUGGAAUAGAGGGCAAAGCAUACUUUUUCACGCGCGAAGAUCAAAAAUACUUACGGGGAUCAAGAUUAAUACGUAGCCCAAUUUCUAAUGGCUAUUGGAGAAGAAGUGGAAGGGAAAUUCCAAUUCAUAAUGGCAAUGGAAUUAUUGGUUUCAAGAGAGUAUUUGUAUGGAAAGAACCAGGUAAUAGAGAAGAGGGCAAUUGGAAGAUGACUGAAUAUAGAAUAAAUCACAAUUUCAUGGAAGAUCUUUCUCAGACCAAUUCUGAAAACUACGUGGUGUGCAAAGUUCGAGACAUGAGUAGAUACAAGAAGUAUUCAAGAACGGAAGAAGAAAUUGACUCGCUUGAAGAACUCAUAUUCUGGGAUGAAUGUUUUUGUGCUUCGAAAGAUUUAGACGGAAAUCAUUAG